AUGACGUUCACGCUGCUAGUCCCUAAAUCCUUUCAGGACCGGUAUCGGAUACUUUCACCUUUCCAACAAGCAGCCUAUGCCAAGAGCUCCAAUAAUGCACAUAGUGUGACCUGGCUUAGAAUGGAUGUAAAAGGAAACUCAGUAGAAACCACCAUCUGUUACCAUACAACUUCCUGGAAAUUGGGACUUCUCUUCCAUGGGAGAUCAGCUGAUUUUUCAUUCCUCACCUUCAUGGCAUAUGACUGGUACGUUGCCAUCUGCAAGCCACUGCAUUACGAGAUAAUAUUGAACAGGAGAGCUUGCAUCCAGAUGGCUGCCAGUGCUUGGGCUGCUGGUGCCAUCAACUCUGCACUGCACACUGGGAACACCUUUAGUCUCCCCUUCUGCCACUCAAAUAUCAUCAACCAGUUCUUCUGUGAAGUGCCCCAGCUGCUCAAGCUCUCCUGCUCUGACACAUACCGCAGGGAGCUGACAGCUCUUGCCUUCAGUGUGUUUUUAUGUUUAGGCUGUUUUAUUUUCAUAAUUGUGUCGUAUGUUCAGAUCUUCACCGCAGUGUGGAGAAUCCCCUCGGAGCAGGGCCGGCAGAAAGCCUUCUCCACCUGCAUUCCUCACCUUACUGUUGUCUCCCUGCUUCUUUCCACUACCAGCAUUGCCUACACGAAGCCCGUCUCUGACUCCCCGUCCCCUCUGGAUCUCCUGGCAGCUGUCCUGUAUUCUGUGGUGCCUCCAUUGAUGAAUCCAGUCAUCUACAGCAUGAGGAACAGGGAGAUCCAAGCUGCCCUGGGCAGGAAACUGCUCCACAGGCUGAUCCGCUCCAAGAACAGUCUGUCCAUCUUUCUUUCAUGACUUUGCUUUACUUAUGUUUUUCUUUUCUAAUUUACACAUGAAAUUAGUUUUUUCAUAGUAUUGUGUGAAUCCUCCAUAUAUAAAAUGAAGUUGCUGGGUUAAUUCUGUAACUCUGUAAUGUCAAAGACCUGGCUUUUAUCAUUAUAUGUUGACACUGUUGAAGUGGGAAAGUAAUGUUUCAUGCAUCAUUUUUACUG